AUGUUUGGAGAUUUGGGUGAAAGGUUCGUCGACCGAACCCAUGACUGGUUUGAGGACAGUGCCGUGUUUCCUAAGUCUUGUCGGGAAUACCAGAAGUUUAUUGAUAAGACGAAGAUACAAAGUUAUGACUUUGAAAAGGCGACUCCAAUGUGUUGGAGUCCACCUACAAAGUCACAAAAAAAAGUUCUACAAACCGUGAAUAAAUUUUUAGAUCUUCCGAAUUAUGAGCAACUAGCCAGUCCUCUUAAAUUGCUGAUUGUCGGUACCGCUGGUAGUGGCAAAUCUUGGGUUAUCGAAGAAAUUGUCUCUGCUUUUCGGGCCCGUGGGAAACAAAGCCUCAUCACUGCAGCCACAGGACCUGCCUCUCAUCUAAUAGGCGGCGUUACUCUGCAUAACGCAUUUUCAGUUCCUUUUUUGAGGGAUGAAAAUUGGGAAGACCUGACCGCUAAAACAACACCGAGUGAAAAGUUGAUUUCAAGGCUUCGAGAUGUAGACUUGCUGAUUAUUGACGAAGUUACAUUGCUUGGGGCAGGAUUUCUAAAUUUUAUCAAUAAACAAUUACAACUGUGUCACGAUGUUCUUCAGCCGUUUGGACAUGCAUCCGUCAUAUUGGUGGGUGACAUUCCCUCGCAAAUCCCACCCAUUGGGGAUGUGGCUCUUUAUAGGGAUCCUUCCAAAUAUAAUAAAUUCAUACAGGACGGAAUUUCACUCUACCUGGGUUUCAAGAAUAUCAUUGUUCUGCGAGAGAAAUUAUUAUACAAUCUACGACGAAAACAAAUUGGCCCGUAUGACAUUCAAGUUCUCCGAAGUCGGUUGGAAAAAAAUGUUGAUCCUGAUAUCCUUCUGAACGAAUUUAGAGAUUGUUUACGUAUAUUUCCACGCCGAAGCAUGUGCAAUGCUUACAAUCGUCAGAAAAUAUUGGCGGAGGGGAUGCCAGUGAUUAAGAUUGGAGUGAAACAAAUUCCUUCGUCACCUCAAAUGCAAGAUUUUGAACCACUUGUUCUGGGGAAAGGGGUGAAAGUAAUGUUAACCCGUAAUCUUGACACAAAUCGGGGGUUAACUACUGGAGCAAGGGGAGUGGUUCGAGGCCUGCUAUGGGAUAAGAAGAAGACACCGGGAAAUGAUAUACCAUCCGUUAUUUUAGUCGAAUUCGAAAAGAAAGUGUUCGGACCAAGAAUUGAGAAUAAUUGA